AUGGUCGAAGAAGAAUCGAUUCCGGAUGAGAUUGACGACGAGAUCGAGCGUGUUUUCGCCGAGUUCGCUCAGCCGGGAACUGAGAACAAACACGAAAAAGAUCAAAGUCAACAUGAUGAUGAUGGCAAUUCUCAAACUCAAAUAACCACCUCUAUCGAUCUCGUUUUUCGGCAACCAACCAAUGUAAAUUAUGAGCUUGUCUAUUAUUCUAGUGAUCACCAACCAAAACCUAUGGUAGAACAAGAUAGCAGUGAUCCAGAGCCAUCGAUUCAUGAGAAUUUCACCGCGUUAUUACCGGACGUCGACGAUUAUUCAACCGAUGACCAAUUUGAGGCUAUUGUGCUUCCACGGGUUACUUCUAAGCUUGCAAAUGCAAAAUUAGAAGAUGAGGAGGAGUCAGAGGCGCAGACGGAGAGAAAGCUGCAACAUUUGGAAGAAGCUUCUCAAGAGGAGAAGAGUAAUCCUUCCGAAAGCUUCGAAGUAAUGGAUAGUCUAAAAUUGGAUGAAGAUGCAAAACAACAAGAAGAUGACGAGGAGAAAGAAGGGAAUAUCGCUGAAAUUUUAAAUGUUGACGCGCAUAAGACGACUCAAGAGGAUACUGGAGAAAUUCAAGAAGAAUUGUUGAAGAAUGUUGCAGUAAAAGAAGAAACUGUUCUUAACAGACAUUCAGCAGACAUUUUGGAUAUGCCAAAGGAAACGAGUGGAGACGUCGAGACAGUUCAAGCAUUCGAAAAAAUUGAAGAAACCGAUGGAGCUCAGACAGAACCGAUCGUUGAGAUUCAGAACGCCGCGAAUGUUGAGGAAUCAGCUCUUCAAGAGAAUCAGGAAAAUGAUUCAUUCGAUAAUAAACAACCUGCUGAACCACUAGCUUGCGCGGAUUCCAUUCAAAAACCUCCGAAAAUUCUCCAGACUGUCGAAGAUGCAGAAUUUGUUGAAUUCCCUCAAGAGAAUCAACAAAUUAUUUUAGCUGGUGAUGAUCAAAACGAUUCUAUGAAGGAAAAACCAGAAAUUAUAGAACACUCUGACCAAUCACCGAUCAUUGGAAUUUCUAAUGAACCAUGGGAAUGUGAAGCCAAUUCAGAAAAUAAUGCGAGCAUGGCUGCUGAAACGAGUAGCGAAGACUUCGAUUCUUCAACAACGGUUAUUCAUCCUUCGGAAAUUGGAAACCAACAAACAGAAUCGGUCAAAGACAAAGCCGAAGUUCAAAAAGAUAUCGAAUCCCCCCAAAUUCCAGAGAGCAAAGAAGAAUCGCAAAGCGAAAGUAAACCUCAAUUUGAGCAAGAAAACACACCCAACACUCAUUCGGUUCCCUCGAUUGAAAAUAGUGAAGCUGUUAUUCCGGUGGAAAAAACAGAACUGAUUUCACAACAAGAUCAAUCUUCACUCAUAAAUGAUGAAGAAGCUAAAGACAGAGCACAAACAGCUGAUGUUGAAUCAGACGAGAUCAAACAUCAAGCGACAGCCGAAAAUGAAACAGAAGCGAGCGAGAGUGCCGCCGAAGAAGCCGCGUUUGAGGAAGAUUCGAAAGAAAAUAUUUUACUAAGAAAUUCAGCUGAUGAGGAUAUUCAGCAAACAAUGGAGCCUAGACAUUCUUAUAGUAUGAAAGAAAAGACACCUGGAGGUGAAGCUGAAAAUUCAUCAACUUUGGAGGAAUCAGAAAAUACAACAGCGGAAGAAAAGAAAUCUUCAGACGAUCGAUUGGAAGAACCUCAAAAACUAGAUGAAAACGUCCUACAUGACGAAAAUUCAACCAAUGAUGUGAACACUGAUAUCGAACUGACGAUUUUGAAUGAAAAUACAGCGGAUACGUGCCUUCGGAAGACUGACGAUGCGCUAGAUGAAGUAGAAUCAUCAGCUGAAAUACAAAAUAACCAGGAAAUUAAUAAGGAAAGUUGUGAGGAAAAAGUCGAUGAAGAAUCUCCAAAUAAAGGCGACGAUCAGACAGAACAUGUUGAUAAAAUCGAACAUACUGAUUCAAAGAAGGAAGAUCAAGAAGCCCCUGACGUUGAACAUGAAGAGAAACAAAAUUUGGAAUCCGUCAAAGAAAUGCCGAAUAUGUCGAAUGCGGAACACAAUAAUCCAAUUCUGGAUCAGUGGCACAGCGAAGGUCUCACAGAAGAUUCACAAGAAAAGAAAUCAGCAAUCGAUGAACACGAGAACACAAUAGAUGUGACAGAAACACCAGUUAUUCCGUCGUGUUCUGAAAAUGACGAACAACUGAUAACGGAAGAAAAUGCUGCAUCUUCAUUAUUGUCGAAAGAUGACAUUGAUGGAGAAUCUCAUGUUGAAACGGAAUCGAAACCUAUUACUACAGAAAACCCAACAAAUUCAGCUGAUGUUGUAGACGAGCAAGAUUCUGCUGCUUUGGAAUCAGUAGUACAAAAUGAACCCAUUGGUGAUACCAAAAUAAGUGAAGAUUUUGAAACAGCGACAUCUCGAAAAUCUUCGAUUGCGAUCUCUGAAACUGGUCAUUAUUUAAAGCAAAACGAUCUUGAAGAGCAGCAAACAAAAGAAGUCGACAUGCAGGAAUUGACAGAGCAAUUCAAACUUCACAUCGAUUCACAAGAACCACAGCCUGGUGUGCCCGAACAAAUAUCAACUGCAAUAGAUGAGCACAUCGAUGAAAUCCAAAAAGGCGAUUCCCGAAAAUCUUCAAUUGCGCUAUCGGAAGUUGAUUUGAAGCAGGAAAAAGAAGAAGAAGGAGAAGGUAAACUUGAAGUUGAUCUUGAAAACCUGCAAGAUCAAUUCAAACUUCAUCUUGAAUCCCAGGAACCACAGCCAACGGAACCUCGACAGAUUUCGACAGCCGCUGACGAGUUUGGUGUAGUCGCUGAUUCCGACGAAAUUGAAGAUUCGGGAUCUCGAAAAUCCUCAAUCACAAUAUCUGAAGUUGAUUCGAAAAAUGUGGAAGAUAACAAAGAAGGCGAAGCUGAUGAAGUAGACGUUGAACAACUCAAUGACAAAUUCAAACGUUACUUGGAAACGCAGGAGCCCCAACCUGACGAGCCUCAACAAAUAUCAACGGUGGCCGACGGAAAUACAAAUGAUGAGGGUAUGAUUGGGUUCGAUGAUAUUGAAAAAUCUGUAUCGAGAAAAGAUUUGAAGCAAGAUGAUGCAGAAGGCAAUUCAAAAGAUAUCGAAGAAACGAAUGUUGAAGAAUUGGAGAAAAAAAUGAGCGAUCCACUAGAAUCACAUGAGCUUAGAGAGAUUUCAACACCAGCUGAUGGAUGCUCCGAAAAAUGUUCUCUAGAUUCUAACGAGACUAAAAAAUCAGAAUCAAGAAAAUCUUCGAUUGCUAUAUCUGAAGUUGGCUUGAAACAGAAUGAAGCGGAAAAAGAAGGAAAUACUGAAGUCGAUAAUGGGCAGUUGCAAAAUGAAUUCAAACUCUGUAUGGAAUCCCAAGAACCGCAAUCGGAUCAGCCACAACAGAUUACCUCACCCGUGGAUGAACAAGAAGGGAACGGAAACAACGACAAAGUUGAUUCCGAUGCAAUUGACAGUACACAUUCUAGAAAAUCAUCUAUAGCUAUAUCUGAAACUGAAAUCGAACCCAGUCUGAAACAAAAUGAUGUUGAGAAUAAAGAAAUCGAAGAAGAAAAGAAAUCAGAUAAUCAAGAAAUGGAGUAUCAAUUCAAACUUCAUCUGGAAUCACAAGAGCCUCGGCCAGAUGAACCUCGACAGGUUUCGACAGCCGCUGAUGAGGUUAUCGAGAAACUUGGAAUGAAUAAGAUUGAUACCGAUGAAGUCCGAAAAGAAGAUUCCCGAAAAUCUUCGAUUGCGCUAUCGGAGGUUGACUGGAAGCAGGAAGAAAAAGCAGAAGAAGAAGGAAAACUUGAAGUUGAUCUUAAAAACUUGCAAGAUCAAUUCAAACUUCAUCUAGAAUCUCAAGAACCACAGCCAGCGGAACCUCGACAGGUUUCAACUACCGUGGACGAUCAUAAUGAAAGAAAUGUUGAACAAGAUCGCGAAGAUCAGAACUUGCAAUCAAUCAUUCCAUCUGAAACCACAUCCAAAUAUAAUAUCGAACCUUUAAUAGAGAAUCAAUUGGACGACUUCAAAGAUUCAUCGACUAGUUCGAAUUUCUCAAGUGUGGUUCUGACCGAAUCAAUGUUUGACUUACAGUCAAUUGGUAGACAUUCUGAACACUCACUUCCUUCAUUGGAACUAAUUAAUGAAGAUGCGUCAGCUGAAAAUGAGCCAGGAGAGGAGCUAGAAUUGGAAAAAGGGACUAAAAAGCCUGAAAUUUCGGGAACAAUGCUCAAGAAAGAGGAUGAAUGCUCGGAAGUUUCUUUUACAUUUUUAUCUGUCGAUUCAGUGAACAUCGAAGUUUUAACCAUCCGAAAUUCAAAGGCUGAUCUAUCGAAUCGACGAACAUCAUCAGAACAGUCUUCCGACGAAGACCAUCAAGAUCCAAUUCAAGGAGUGAAAUCUUGUAUAGAAGAAGAUGUUGUCCUUCGAGAAAAAGCGAUUCCAACAGAAUCAGCGGCCAAUUCAGCAGUUAGCGACACCGAUCUUGAAUUUCGUAAGAAAAAUGAAUCGAAUGAAACAAUUCAUGAGCUGAAAACGGUGGUAGAAGAAUCAGUAAAUGCUGAAGAUUGCACAGAAAAUAGUUCCGACGGCACUGAAAUGGUUGGCGAGAAAAUUGAAGAACCUGCCAACAAACCCCUCGAAGCCACUGAAAACAUUUCAAUUCCAGAUCAGACGAAUCCAACUUUUGUUGUUGAAGAUGAGCCAGAUGGAGGUGUUACAACAAAUCUUGUUUUCCAUAACGAAACACAAGAAACAAUCACUUCAACGUUGACUCCAGAAUUUGUGCCGACUGAAGAACUCACUGCUUCAGAAGUAGAACAAGACGAAGAAAUAGCAGUUCUUGAGAAACCACAACCACUUAACGAAGCCCAAAUUCCAGCUAAAACAUUUAUUGAAAUGGAAACUGAUAUUAAAAAGCAUGACCAAACCCCCGUCGAUAGCGAUGGCAGCAGGGCUUCGGAACCAGACACAAUUAUUGAGAAUCUUCAAGACGACGAAGUAGUCGUUUCGAAACACAUUGUGGAAAAUUUCGAAGCCGAGAAGAUACAAGACGAUAAGGAUUCAAAACAAUUCGAUCUUGAACAAAAAACGCCUAAUGAUGAGAGCAAAAAGGAAAUUGGGCCAUCUUCAGGAAUAGAAGAAGAACUAAUUGAGAAAACUCCGGAACCUAACAAUAUUGUUGAAAAUGUUGAAUUAAAUCAGGAGGAGAUCCCUAAUGAGAAAUCAACAGAAAACCUUCUUCUUGAUAACGAGCAAGACUUGAAAUCUGACAAAGAAGAAACGAGAAAUUACUCAGAUGUUAACGAUCUUAAAAAGACUGAAAUCGAUGAAGACGCGAUUUCUGUGAAUGAAGUUAUGGAGCUCGUCGUUGAAGUCGUCACUAGCCAAGAACCCGAAGACGAAUUUAGAGAAACGGUUGAGCUCGUAGAAUCUCAAACGCUUCAUGAGGUUUCACAAGAAACUUCUGAAGUUCCUGUCGACGAAGCGGAAACAAAUAUUGAAGUUUCCGAGGAACCCACUCUAGAAAGCUCAAAGAUCUCUCCAAUCGAAAACCAAAUGGAAAAAUCGAAUGUUAUAAUUCAAAUCAACGAUGAAUUGCAAGGGUUACCCAAUCUGGUGGAAUUGCAAAACGACGGACACCCUUUCAACAGCGAUGCGUCAUUACCGGAACCGGGUACAAUUGAUAACGAUGAUACGGAACAAUUUGACAGGUCGCCAGACCAAGUUGGAGUCUGGAAGGAUGUAGAUCUCAUAUCGUUAAAGUCAUUGAAAUCACUUGUUGCUGAAGUUGGAUGUUCAGUCGAAGAAGAAAAGUCUCCAGAAUUGACACAAGAAUCGGAGGAUUACGUCGAAAAUCUUGUGGAAAAGGUGAUCGAUGAGGCAACUCAAGAAGUCGCCGCUGUUCGCGAACUUCCACAGAAUCUAAUCAAGACGGUCAUUGUGACAUCAGAGCUCAAGGUUCCCACCGAAGAUACUGUGCUCACAGAAUCGGAAAUCGGGGAAAUGAAAGGUUCGACACCGGAAGAAAACAUAUCUCGAGCAACCGAUGCUCUAGACGAGCUCGUCUCAACUACUACUAAUAUCGUAAUAGCCAAUGAAGUUUUGGAAAACGCCUUAAAACCGCUGAAGUUAGAUAUCGUCGAAGAGCCAGACGACGAUAUUAAAACCGUUCAAAACUCUCCAGAAGCUCCACAGGAUCCUGUAAUCGAGACUAAAGAGCUUUCAAAAGCUGAUGAUGAAAAAAGCGAAUGUUUGGAUUCAAUUGGUGAUCUCAGUGAGCGCACAAUUCAACGUUUUAAUUCAUCAUUUGACGAUCCAACCCUUGCUCGUCACGACUCGUUUUCCUCAAUUUCCUCAUUUGGUGAGCGCCAGAAAUUUCGAACCGCUAUUGAAAACAUUCGUCAAGACCUCUUACCAUUCCAAUCUUCUGUUUCUGAAUAUUUCGAAUCCGAUAGCAAUCAGCUAGUCAGCAAUAUUUCAAUGGACUCACCAUCGGACUUAUCGCCAAACGCUCCACUACAGGGAUUCGAGAAUCCGGCUAACUAUUUCGCCAAUGUUCAACAAUCCGCUCCCGCUCAACCGGCGUCCAAUGAUGGCUCGAUUGACUCAAGCGGCUAUGAAAAAGUGGAUGCGGAAAGCUUAGAAGAAUUGCGCGGAAACGUCCAGGACCCAAUGCAGCAAUCCGUAUUUGGUUCGCUCUCCAACGAGCGCCUUUCCUCCCCGUCCAUGUCUCACGACGACGUUAUGGAGAAAGACUAUUUCGGUCAUGAUUCGACGACCGCCAAGAUUCUCGAAUCGCCGAUUGCUGAAGAAGCUCGUAAACUUGUCCAAGAUGCAGUGGAAUCGGCAUCCGACUAUGCCAAAGGGCAUACGGAUACCAAAGAUGAUAUUGCUAAGGAACUUGACAACGUUGUCGAGUCCGCUGAUGAUCUGAAAGACGAAGGUGUCGAUCUUCUCGGCGACUUCAAGGACAAUGUUCAAGACACUCUUCAGAAAACUACGGACGGACUCUCGGACUUUGUUUCAAAUGCUGCUGAAAAGACGCAAGAGGCUGUUCAUGAUUUUGUUCAAGAUCAUCAAGUCUCGACGCCGGAACCGGCUAAGAACGUUGCUGACAAUCUCGUUGAUUUUGGGCACGAGGUCUCUCAAGCUGCUCAUGAUGGUGUUGAGACUAUCAAGCAGGACGUCGAGAAUGUCCAUAACGAGGUCGAUGAUUACUUGAGAGAUGUUCACCGUCAACCAUCGCCUCCACAAGAAUCCGAGGAGGAUCACAUUGGUGGAAGAUCCGACGAUGUUCCACACUUUGGACAGCAAACCCCAGAAGAAGAAGAAGACACCUUCAAUCGUAAGGGCCCAUUGACGAUUCCGGAGCUUCCGGAGAAGUAUGACGAGUUCUCCGACUUUGAUACAGUUGCUGCUACUGGACAGGCUCUUGGAGCUCAGGUUGGAGCUGCUUUCAACGAGUUUGAAGAUGAAGAAAAGUUCGAGGCUGUUCCACGACCGCCAACUCCACCAAAGGAUAUUAGCGAUGAGCCGGUUCAACCAUCGGUUGUCGAUCUUGGACCUCCAAGAAAACAUUCUCAUGCUCAUUCGUCAACUCCUCAUCACUCAAUUCUGAAGAAUUCGCCGAGCUCAACGCCAUGGGUUGAUUUCAAGUCGGUGGACCCGCGCGGUUAG